AUGGAAAAGCAAGACGUUGAUAGAGGACGCUCACCCGUUCCCUGGCACAGUGCCGUCAAGCAGUUAGCUCGUGGUGUGCCUGGUUCUUCAUUUGGCCCGACGUCAUCUGGAUCUUUUUUACCGGCAAACAGUCAACAAUCUAGGAUCGGCAUGUCAUCGCUUGUUCAACCAGCACAACUUCAGUUUGAAAAUUUCAAACAAGAUGCCCCAAAUGUGGAUCUUGAGGGUGGUCGUUUGCUCGGAGUAGAAGAGCACGAAGAAAUUGAUACAGACGGUUGGCGACAACGUGUUUACACAUAUACCAUCUUGGCUGCUGAUGGAUGUACAGAAGUAACUAAAACAAUCCGAACCAAAAUUAAACUAGAUUGCACGAGUAUGUAUAGACGACUUCAAGUAACAAACGGUGUUGAGGCCAAAGUUGAAGAAAAAUGUGAACGAGUUGUUGGAGAUAUAAGAGGUCUCGGUCCAGUACAAAACCUCGGUUAUAACCAGAGAAAACUUACUCUUGAUCCAAACGAUGCUCAGGAUAAAGCAAUAUACGAUACAUUGGUUGAAGUGCCAGAAACUUUCAAAAAGUUGUUGAACAAGGAACAAGACUCUUUCAUGAAACUAUUUCCUGAUUUAUUUUCUAAUAAUUUGAAAACCAAGUCAACGUUGUUUCCAAUACAGAAUACAGAGCUGAUACAUAAUGAUGAUGGAACAACAACCCGAAGAACUCGGAGUAGUAAAAGCUAUAGUCAAUCAUAUUCUACCCAAGACGUCUAUAUUAAUGGAGUUAAGCAAGAUCAGAUGAGUCAACGACGAUUCCGAGCUUUUGUUGAAUAUAAGGGAUCGGAUUAUGGUUUUCGAGUGAAAGUGAGUGAUAAUGCUUCAGAUGAUCUUUCUGAAGAUGAAACUGAAGAUGACGAUAAGACAAGCAGAACUCAUUCGGAGCUGACAGAUGCUGACAGUGAUGUGAUUGGUCUUGGAAAUGUUGCCCUACGUCCUGAGGUCAAAAAGCGUCAUGAAAGAGCUUGGUUUGCAGCCAAAGAACUCAUUGAUAGUGAGCAGCGUUAUGUGGAAAAACUGCGUUUGCUAGCCGAUAUAUUCCUGAAGCGAGUAGCAGAAGAGAAGAUUCUGGAUAAAGACCGUUUGCAUAAGCUCUUUGCAAACAUUUCUUCUUUAUAUCAGUUCCAUAAUACACAUUUCUUACCACAGUUAAUGGAAGCUGGAAGAGAAUGGGAGCACACUAAAAGAAUUGCUAAUGUUGUUAGAAAACAAGCUCCAUUCCUCAAAAUGUACUCGGAGUAUACGAACAAUUAUGAUCGAGCUACUAAAAUCUAUGAAGAAGCAAAGAAGAAGAAACGCUUCGCAGAGAUUGUUCAUGAGAUUGAGGAACUUCCUGAGUGUGAAGGAUUACCACUUGGCCAUCAUUUGAUUUGUCCCGUUCAACGAGUUAUGAGAUAUCAGUUACUGCUCCAGGAAUAUAAGAAAUAUAUGGCUGAUACUGAUGUUGAUUAUGAUGACACUACAGUAGCUCUUCAAUUAGUUUUGCAAGCUGCCACACACGCGAACGAGAUGAUGAAGAAGCUGGAACGAUUCGGAAAAGUGAUAACAGUGCAGGAAGAAUUGGGUAACUCCAUUUCUUUAGUUUCACCUGGACGUGAACUUCUACGACAAGAUGUUAUUCAAAAAAUAUCUUCAAAAACCGAAAAGCCGGAAGAAAGAACUCUGUUUCUGUUCAAUGAUUUCAUAUUGCUGGCAAGCGAAAGACGUCUUGGUAUGGGGAGGUAUAGACUUCGAGCAGUUUUCCACCCCUGUCAUACACAGGUAUGUGAAGGAGACAAUUUGGAAAGGGAACACUCAUUUUAUCUGAGAGGUUCUGAUGGAAACGGACCACAACGUUGCGUUGAAUUAUUCUGCGAUAAUUCUUCCUCCAAACAGGAAUGGGUUGAAGCUUUAUGCAAAGUGAUUGAUGAUUGUCGAGCGAAUUCGGCAACUUUCAGUGGAAGUCAGAGGUCCAGUCUCUGUGAGGCCAAUAAUAAUAGUAAAGAAUCCAAAAACUGUGCUGAUUGCGACUCUGAAUUUAGCCUCUGGUCUCGAGGAAUAAAAUGUGGAAAGUGUAGAAGAAAGUUGUGUAAGAAAUGUUUUGGACGUUAUCGUACAGAAUCGAAGAACAGUCGAGUCUGUGAAAAUUGCGUUAAGAAUACUGGUACUGAAAGCCUUAUCAGAUCUCAAUCAACAUUUUCUGCAGCUCGUCAGAACCUUCUAGCUGUUUCAGCUAAAGGGGAAGGCGUUUUACACUCCGGAUUUGUUAAAUUCCGCGGAAGCCUUGGAAAAACAUUUGAACGAUAUUUCGUUGUCCGGAAUGAUUUCUGUCUUUAUUCUUAUAACUCUCCUUCGGAUUCUCAUGCUUUAGUAAUGCUACCCUUACCUGGAAGCGUUGUGAGGAUGUGUGGAGAGCCUUACACUUUCUCAUUACGAAUUGGAACACGCCGACAGUACACAAUUACUGUUGAAAAUGAGGAUCAUCAAACAAAAUGGAUGGCUUUAUUGGAUUUAACUUCAAAUGCUCAACUCAAUAACUCAUAG